UGUUUUCUUUAUUUCUGUACAGUAGGCACAAGCUAUGACAUACAGAAAACAAGUCUUCAAGACCAAAAUAUACCUUUUUGGUAAAAACGUUUCAUCUACCAAUCACAAUCCAAGUCAACUACAUGAAAGAAAUCUAAAGUCAAAAUUGGGCAACUAAAUUAAUUUAGGGUUACCCUAACUAUUUCCUUAAAGUUUAGAUCAUAUUCUAGAAUUUAUUUAGGAAUGUUAUCAUCGGUCGUCAAAAUCAUUCGUCCUAAUAAGCUGUUCAAGAUUUAACGACAUGGCCGCUUUUGAAGCUGUAAGCAAAACUACAAUAAAACGGUUAGACGAACGAUCAUCUGUAGACAUACGAUUGGCCCGUCUACCCUCAAGAAACCCAUCACUCGACGACGACUUCGACCCCAGAGAGCAUAGGGAACCAAGAUCGCCAAUUGGGACAAAAAUGGCGUACGUGAACCUUAUUAGAUCUAUGUUUGGUGCGGGCAUGCUAGGAAUGCCUCUUGCUGUCAGUCAGGUUGGCAUCGUGCUCGGCCCUCUGCUUAUUACCUUUGCUGGCAUUCUUAUCGUGCACAUGCAUUUAACACUGCUUAACUGCUUAAAUGAAGUCAGCCGCCAGUUAAGGAUACCUCAUAUCUCGUACAGAUACGGUUUUCGUAUGGCGGUCCUGAAUGGUCCACCGAUAUUCCGAUGUAUUGGGAAUCGCGGCCCAGCGUUAGUUGCAACUUUUAUGGUGUUGAGUCAACUGGGAAUAUGCACUGUAUUCGUCACAUUCACUUCAGAUAGUUUACGAGACAUAAUGGACUGGGAAUCCUCAAAGCCGGCGUUGCUUGUGUUACUAUUUCCUUAUUUAUUGAUGGAGUUCUACAUGACCACAUUGAAGAUUGUGGGUUACGUUUCUAUGUGUGGAAAUGUAAUGAACUUGGUGGGGCUAAUUUUAGUGUUCUACCACGUUUUUAAAGAUCCCCAAGGCGAUUCCCUGACCAUCGCUACAACUAGAGUUUUACCAGUUCUUUUUUCGUUUGGGACAUGUUUGUUCAACUUGAGUGCAGUCGGUGUGAUUCUCGCCAUAGACAGAGCAAUAGUCGACCCUAAAGUGCUCACGAAAAAGUUCGGAGUGAUCCGAGUUGGUAUAACCAUCCCCGCGGCGGUCUCAAUAGUUCUCGGCGGGCUAGGAUACUGGUCGUUCGGUGCGAUGGAGGAAAACGUCCUGAGAUCACUUCCUUUUGAUGACCCCUCGGCUUUGGUCGCUAUAGGCUUAUACUUAGCGGCGGUGGCGCUGGCGUAUCCCAUUCAAUGCACCCCUGCCAUCCAUAUUAUUUUGGAAGUGAUCAAGAACCGCAAACCUGAAGAUAUGCCUUCUGAUAAAACACUGAAGAUCAUCGAGGUCAUUGCUAGACCAACAUUUGUUCUCAUGUCAUGUGGUUUUGUUAAGAGAUAUUUAACCGACUGCCGAAGGAGUAUUAUUUAUCUACUAAGAAAAGAUUUGCCAAAAUUCAACCCACUAAGGGGAUGA